AUGUCUGGUCACUCUAUUGACAGAUGUUUUCGACUUCAUGGAUUUCCUACUGGUUUCAAAGGAGGCAAGGGGAAGAAAAUUGCUGCUAUUGUCUAUGGAGAUGAUGACAAUGAUCAGUCAGUUGAUCAUGAGCCAGCUCAACUCACUGAAGAGCAGUAUCACAAGUUACUGAGUCUAGUGCAAACUCAGAACCAUACUUCUUCUUCACCUGCUGAUCAGACAAUCAAUAGUUCAGCUAAUGUAGCAGGUACAUGUUUAAUCUCAUGUUCCAAUUCUAAGUGGAUUAUAGACAGUGGGGCUACUAACCACAUAUGUUCUCAUAUUGAAUUAUUUCAUUCCUUUGAAAAAUUCACUAAAACACCAAACACAAUAACCAUUGCUGAUGGGAAACAAGCUGUUGUUGAGCAUAUUGGUGUUGUCAGAUUUCAAAAUGGAGUAGAACUGACUAAUGUUCUUCAUGUGCCUGGGUUUACUUUCAAUCUCAUCAAUACACAUAAGCUGUGUAAGGAUCUGGAUUGUGAUAUUAUUUUCACACAUGAUACCUGUUUACUUCAGGAUCAUUGUCAGGGCAGUUCCCUAGUUCUUGGUAAACUGGAUUGUGGCCUUUACUCUGCUGGAGAUGAUUACAGUGUCUUGAAGAAAGCCUCAUUGCCUGGUACAGCUUGUAUAGCUACUAGUGAAACAAUAAAACUCUGGCAUUUAAGGCUAGGACACCUUCCCUUCAAUAAACUUCAUCAUGUGGUUUCUGAUGUUUCUUUUACUAGUCAAUGUGAUGAUAUAUGUGCCAUAUGUCCACAGGCUAAGCACACUAGGUCUUGUUUUCCUAGUAGUUCUAUCAAAACAAAUGUUUGUUUUGAACUUUUACACAUUGAUACAUGGGGUCCUUAUAAGGUGUCCACUCAUGAUGGUUAUAAUCAGUUUUUAACCAUAGUAGAUGAUUACUCAAGACACACUUGGAUUUUCUUCAUGAAAUAUAAAUCAGAUGCUGUUACUAUACUUGGCCACUUCCUUGUUUUCUUGCAAACUCAGUUUGAUGCUCAUGUUAAGUGCAUAAGGUCAGACAAUGCUAAAGAGUUUUGUGAAGGAGAUGUUAUGCAAAUAUACCAACAACAUGGUAUAAUUCAUCAAAGAAGCUGUACUGAUACUCCACAACAGAAUGGAGUUGUGGAGAGAAAGCACAGGCAUCUAUUAGAAACUGCCAGGGCUUUAUACUUUCAGUCCCAUGUUCCAGCUUCUCUUUGGGGUGAGUGUUUACUUUGUGCAACUCAUCUUAUUAAUAGAAUGCCCUUACGUUCUAUUAAUUUUUGCACACCUUAUGAAAAGAUUCAUGGCACUAAACCUGACCUUUCUCAUCUAAAGGUUUUUGGUUGCUUGUGUUUUGUUGCUACUAACUCAGUUCACAGGAGCAAGUUUGAUGCCAGAGCUUCUUCUUGUGUAUUCAUUGGCUAUCCUCCUGACCAAAAGGCAUAUAAAGUCAUGGAUUUGAGUACUAAAAAGAUUAUUAUCAGCAGAUAUAUCCAAUUCCAUGAAAAGCACUUGCCCUAUCAUUACUCUUCUUCCCAGACUCAUUCUUCUCCUCCUCCUAUUUUUCUUCCCCAGAAUACAUCUGUUGUUCAUGAUUAUUCUUUUUCUAUUCCUGAACCUUUUCAAUUUUCUGACACAAAUCCAUCUUCCCCUCCUUCCACAUUACCAAAUGACUCUUUCUCUCCUUCUAUACCACCACAGAAUGAUACUUCUCUCCCUUCUACACCUGUCCUUAGACAUUCUACUAGAGUUCAUCAUCCUCCUCCUUGGAUGACUGACUAUGUUGCUUCUCUUUCUGUUUCCUCUCACCGGUGCAACAUAGUCUCUUUCAAUGACCUUCCUUCUUACUCUAAAACUCUCAUUUCUACUACUUCUUCCAUCUCUGAACCUGAGAGUUACUUAGAAGCUUCACAACAUCAGGGUUGGGUUGAAGCUAUGCACAAAGAAAUAGCUGCCUUAGAAGCUAAUGGCACUUGGGAGCUCACUACUUUACCUAAGGGCAAGAAAGCUAUUGGGUGCAAAUGGGUGUUUAAAGUUAAACUUAAAGUAGAUGGAUCAUUGGAGAGGCUCAAAGCCAAAUUAGUUGCCAAGGGCUUCACCCAACAAUAUGGGAUUGACUUUGAGGAAACAUUUUCACCUGUUGUGAAGAUGUCCACUGUGAGAUGUUUGCUUGCUAUUGCUGCUAGUAAAAGAUGGCCAUUAUUUCAAUUGGAUAUUAACAAUGCAUUUCUGCAUGGUGACCUAAAUGAAGAGAUUUAUAUGAAGAUGCCUCAAGGUCUUCCUAAUCCAAAGAACCUUGUAUGUAAGCUUAAAAAGUCCUUAUAUGGUCUAAAGCAAGCCUCAAGGCAAUGGUUUACUAGGCUUACUUCUGAGUUACUUCAACAAGGUUAUUCUCAGUCAAAGAAUGACUAUUCUUUGUUCCUCAACAAAUCUGGCUCCCACAUUCUCAUUAUUGCCAUCUAUGUGGAUGACAUCAUCCUUACUGGCACUAAUCCUUCUGCCUUGGAGUCUCUCAAGCUUCAUUUACAUCACGUCUUUAGUAUUAAAGACUUAGGAUCUUUAAAUUAUUUUUUGGGUAUGGAGAUCACUGCUGUUUCUCAAGGUCUUAUUAUGACUCAAAGAAAGUUUUCCAAGGAAUUACUAGCUACUUGCAACAUGAAUCUCUCUAAAACAACCAAAACUCCUCUCCCUGCUGGUCUUAAGCUCUCUGGUGAUUGUGGUGCUUUCUGUACUGAUCCAGUUCUAUACAGAAGUUUAGUAGGCAAGCUAAACUUCUUAACUCACACCAGGCCUGAUUUGUGCUAUGCAGUUCAAACCCUUAGCCAGUAUAUGCACCAGCCUCGAGUUCAACAUCAUGAAGCCUUACAUCAUGUUCUUAGGUACUUGGCUGGGUCCCUAGGGCAAGGUAUUUUACUUGCUGCCACUGAUCAGCUUACUUUGAAGGCAUAUUCAGACUCAGAUUGGGCUUCAUGCCCUGAUACUCGCAGAUCUGUAACUGGCUAUGUGAUGUUACUUGGCUCCUCUCCUAUUUCUUGGAAAUCCAAGAAACAAGCUACAGUCUCCAAGUCUUCUUCAGAGGCUGAGUACAGAGCCAUGUCAGCUGCUGCCUCUGAAAUAACUUGGCUUGUCAGGCUUUUGCAAGAACUUGGGGUCCCUGAUUUAACCCCUGUCAAGUUGUUAUGUGACAACCAAUCUGCCAUUCACAUUGGUAGAAACCCAGUUCUCCAUGAGAGAACAAAGCACAUUGAACUUGACUGUCACUUUACUAGAGAGAAGGUUAUGGAAGGCUUGCUUGAACUCUCAUACUUGCCUACUCAAGAUCAGCUUGCAUAUUUGUUUACCAAGGCACUGAACUCUCCUCAGCACAUGAAACUUAGCUCCAAGCUAGGUUUGAUUGAAGAUCAAUCACUCCCUACCUUGAGGGGGGGUGUUGAUAUAUGUAAUUCUCCUCCUAAUAACACAACCACUUGA